UACUCGUGGACGCACCACCGUUUUUUUUCCCCUAAACACAUUUCCGCAAAGUUCACAAGCAUCAGCUGCCUCACAUUUAAUCGGGGUUUUUUUUAUUAACUUUUAAGACUUACAAAGUUCCUAAAAAUGUGUGAAGUCAAACCAAACGAUUCGGCUCCAACUGAAGACGGCGGAGAGGAGAAAGACUGGGCCGCGGCCAAAGCUUUCUUUGACAACCUCAAAACCAACAAACCGAGACCCCCCAAACCCCGGUAUGCUGUCACCAUCGCAGUCUCGUCUCGCACCCUCUUCAACAUGGUGGCAGAGAGGAAGAUCUACGAGGACGAAGGAUUGGAGAAGUACGUGGCUUAUCAGGUGGAGCAUGAAGAAGAGCCGCUGAAGCCAGGAGCUGCUUUCCCCUUCGUCAAGGCGCUGAUGGACGUCAACUGUCGACUGAGGAAGCUCUACCCGGACAGCGAGGAGCUGUUUGAUAUCAUCUUAAUGACCAACAACCACGCCCAGGUCGGAGUACGCCUCAUAAACAGCAUUAAUCACUACGAUCUGACCAUAGAGAGAUUCUGUAUGACCGGAGGGAAAAGUCCUAUAGGCUACCUUAAGGCCUACAUGACCAACCUCUACCUCUCCAAGGACUCGGAUAAUGUCGGAGAGGCCAUAGAGGAAGGCAUCGCUGCAGCCACGAUGUUCACUCAAGAAAUGGAUAGUGAGUUGAGCAACACCGAGCUGAGGGUGGCGUUUGAUGGCGACGCCGUCCUCUUCUCCGACGAGUCCGAGAUCAUCGUGAAGCAACAGGGCCUGGACUCCUUCUUUGACCACGAGAAGGAGUUUGUGAACAAACCCCUCGCACAGGGUCCCUUAAAGUGCUUCCUGGAGGCUCUGGGGAAGCUGCAGAGAAAGUUUUACGCCAAGAACGAGCGCAUGAACUGUCCCAUCCGAACCUACCUGGUGACGGCCCGCAGCGCGGCCAGCUCCGGGGCCCGCGUCCUGAAGACGCUCCGCAGCUGGGGCCUGGAGAUCGACGAGGCUCUCUUCCUGGCCGGGGCUCCCAAAGGGCCCCUGCUGCAGAAAAUCAAACCGCACAUCUACUUCGACGACCAGAUGUUCCACAUUGAGGGGGCCAGAGAAAUGGGAACCAUAUCGGCACACGUCCCCUACGGGAUCGGACAGAAGUACCACAAGGGGAAACUCAUUGAGCAGCCUGCGAAGGAAAAGUAAUAACCUGAAACUGGUUGAAAUAUUAAAUACCCACUAUGCUCCAAAAUACAAUCUUGCAUUUAUGAAAAAUGAUCUGUUAGAAGAAUACCAGCAAUUUUAAAGGAUUGAGGUAAUUAGUUGUUGAUGCCGUCUACAAAGUUUCCUAUUUUUGGGUUUUUUAUAAAGUAUCUUUAGGAUAAGUUUUUAUUGAUGAGUGGGGGAAUGCAUUUUCAAAUCAAGAGUUACACCAGCUGCCACAAACUAUUUCACUGAAUAUUGUUGUGGAGGAGAAACACCAGGUUCGAGAUUACCUAUCGAGGCCUUUUAACUGCACUUACUGUGUACCUGUUCACCUUUUGAGGGAGCUUUUGUUCUCAUUUACAUUUGCGCUUAUGUCAUUUUCUUUACAGUUUUAUACAAAUGUUGUUUUAUGUAUCUUGGUUUUAGCUGUUGGUCCUUGGCCUAAUGAAUACCAGGGUGGGAGCAUAUAUACGUAUCUGCUGUAGUAGUCUUUCUGCGUUUGCUCUUUGAUGGACUUAAAGAUCAUGAGCCAGGUAAAAAUAGCCAAUUUCAACUCAAAAUGUCUAACGUUCUGUUAUUAAUUUUUCUCAUGUGUUGGGGCAUAUUAGUAUCAGCUGUUAUUUUUAAAGGAGCACUUAUACAGGUAGAAUGUCUUUGGCUUACAGGGAACACUGAUGCUGUUUUUUUUUGUUACUGUCUUUGUUGUUGAUGCACACAAACCAAAUAAGACUUUAUAUUUCUCCUCAAACGUUUAUACUCAUGUUCUGAGUUGUUAACGCUUGCGCACUGUACCUCAUUACCAGGCAGCACACUAUAACUACACCUUUCUGUCACGUUAUAGUGCUUUUAUAUGGAACUGACUACAUAUACUAUACAUGUUUGCAAAUUGAAUUUGAUGUAUUUUCAAAAAUGUGAAAAUGUUUUCACAACUAUACAUCAUUGUGGAGUUCUACAGUUACACUUGUUUGUAAAUGUCUGUAUCGUGUCUGAUAAUGUCGACAGAUCAUGUGGUGUUUUUGAACUGAUUGUAAUCGUGUCCACGAUAACAUGAUGUUUGUACAAUUACACUUUUCUAUACUGUGAUUUCUAUCCAGCCUUUGCGUGUUGAGUGCAGAGGAAUAAAGGAAUG